GUUUCUUUCCCAGCGUCAUAAACAUGGCGGAGAAGGAGGCAGAAAUUGCGUUUAAAAAGGAAACAGUAAACAAACUGUUGUCCACCUUCUUCAAGGAAGACAAAACCAAAGUAAGUGGUGAUGCUGUGCUGCUCAUGGUAGAGAUGCUCCGAGUGUUUGUGCAAGAGGCCGCUGUACGAUCACUGAAACAAGCUGAAUCUGAAGACUGUGACCAAGUAGACAUCGAGCACUUUGAAAAGAUCCUUCCUCAGCUGCUAAUGGACUUCUAGCACCUUAAUGCCACUAGAGGGAGCCAGAGUGUUGCCUUCAAUCUUCUUCAGUGUCUGCAUUCACAAGUUUGGCUCUACUGAGGGUUACAGUUUCUGUGUAACUGCAAUUUCAUUUUACACUCAAAUGUGUAAUAACAUUAAGAUUCCCACUCUGUGUUUAUUGGAGUUGUUUGAUUUUAAGUGGAAAGCAGCAGUGCUGUCCACACGCCUCCCUGCUACCACCAAUAAGGCCCACCUGUGCUCCUCUGUGCAACAACAGGUGCUUCCAGCAUGCUCCAUGGCGCCCUUCAUCAAAGCCUCCUGGAGCAGUUGGAAGCAAUUAGAGUAAUAAGGGGAGCAGCCAGUCCCUUAGAUGAUGACAAGUGCCAGGAAAAAAGGAGUACCCCCUCCGGCCACUUUGAAGUUCCCUUUUGCUGUCCUGCGAUGUUUAGUUAGAGGUGGGGGGAAGGGCAAAGGGGACCUCUGGCACAGGGGGAAAGUUGAAUGGGAGUGUGCGUGCACAGAUGCGUGCAUGUGUUAGCCAAACACGGCCGGAGACCACACGCAUAGAUAUUCUGUUUGAAAGGAAACAUAACAAAACACAUUGGAACAUGGUCCAAGAAGAGCAGGGUGUAAUUCUGAAGGUAAAUAAACAAAAGAGGCGAGUAGUAGAGGUGCUUUCUCUCCUUUCAUCACAGCAGAGGGGGAAGCUGGGCCUGCGAGGUAGAGGGUAAUGUGGGGUUUUCUAACCCGAGCGCCUCUGAUGGUUUUCCACCAGUGGUCUAUCUCACCAACGUGUCUUCACUGUGAGUCAGCAUAGCUGCACAACACCUCACACUAUUUAUUUGUGUGGCUCUUGGAUGACUCACCAUGCUUGCGAACCCAGCCUAAAAUACAGCUGGAAGCAACUUAGGUGGAAGUCAACAGUCCAGACUCAGAAAGGUGCUCAAGGACAGAGCACCUGGAAUUUGACCCAGCACCUUUUUAAGUAGGACCCAGACUGGAUUUGUGUUUCCCAGGAGUCACUUUCACAGCAGGCCUUCAGAAGAAGGUGUGUUUAGUUUAAUGAUGCUAUGAGAACAAUUGGCACAAAAAUCUUUGUGAAUGUAAUAAAUUAUUUAGUUAGUAAUUAGAAUGAUUCAUAACAGCAUUUCAUGCCCUUUCAAGGCCUUACAUGUAACCAAAUCCACCCUUCUUUUUAUCAUGAUCAGAACAAAUCUGUUGUAAGUUAAGGUUUUGGAAAUGACAGGGGUCAUAUUUCUGUUGGUUUACUAGAGAUAAAAUGUAUCAUCUCCAAAUGUCAGUCCUUACAGAUGAAAUAAAAACAAUUAUUCUGCUGAA